GUGUAAACAACCGAUUUUAGCGGUUAGGCAGGGUAAAUGUUAGGAUAAUUGUCCCGUUUACAUGCAUGUUUCUCAGAUUCUGUUGUUCUUGGAUGGAGUCGGCUAACUUUGACAUCAACUUUCAAGCUUUGUUUACGAGCAUUCCGAGGGGGCGCGUUGUCAUAGUGAACCCACGGAGCAACGAUGGAGACAGAUGAGUUCGAGAUGUGCAAGGAUGAUCUUCAAAAGUGGAUCCGUGAGAGGGUAAAAAAGCAGCUGAUCUCUACAGGCGUGCCAGAGAAAUACAGGUUGGUGCAAUCUCUGCUGAAGAGAAGAAAAGAACAGACUACCCAACUCCUGAGGCUUUGCAAUUCUGUGGCAGCUUUUGAAGCAGUGGUAAAAAAGCAAUACUCUUUGCUGGGAUGGGAGUACAGAGACACAGAUUCUGAAGAUGACAACCGUGAUGGCGAUGAUGAUGAUGACAAUUUUGAUGAUGAUCAUGAUAAAACCAAAAACUUUGGAAAUGCUUCUCCACUCCAAACCCCCAGCCCUCCAUCUACUAAACUUUUAUCACCAAAACUUGAAUGCAAUGAGAACCCAACAGUUGAUAUCGUUACAGGUCUCAAGAGGAAACCAGUGGUGGUCUUAAAAAAACUUCCUAAUCGUAAGGCAAAAACUACAUGUCCACCAUCUCCUCAGGGUCCCUGCAGUGAGACAGACUCCUUAACAGAUGCUGAUUCUGAUACACACUGGGAACCAGAGGAUAACUUGAGUGACUCUGAUUAUUCAGUAUCAAGUUUUACCAGUGGAACACAGAAGAGAAGGAAUGUAGAGCGAAGGAAUACAAAACCUACUAAGAGACAUGCAGAAUUCCAAGCAAGCUCAAUGACAGCUGUCAAGAGAGUCAGAAAAUCUCCACCUCAAGCUUGUACAGAUAGUAAGGACACAGAGAAAUCCUCGGCAUUUCAGUCAGCUGGAGCAAAAAUUAAUGCCAAAAGUGACAGAAAAUCUCCAACCCAAGCCAGUACGGAUAAAUAUACUGAAAACAACAGAGAGAAAUCAACAGCCUCCUUGUUAGCUGGUGCAAAAACCAAUGCUAAGUGUGUCAGAAAAUCUUCAACCCAAGCAAGUACGGAUAGCAAUGCUCAGGACAACAGAGAGAAAUCAUCAGCAUCUCAAUCAGCUGGUGCGAAAAUCAAGGCUAAAACUGACAAAAAAUCUUCAUUUCAAACCAGUAUGGAUAGCAAUGCUAAGGAAGAAAAACAGAAAUCCCCAGCAUCUCAUUCAGCUGGUGCAAAAUUCAAUGCCAAGAGUGACAGGAAAUCUCCAACCCAGGCCUGUAAGGAUAAAAACACUAAGGACAAGGAAGAGAAUUCAUCGGCAUCCUUGUCAGCUGGUGCAAAAACCGAUGCCCAGAGUGACAGAAAAUCUCCAACCCAUGCCUGUAAGGAUAAAAAUACUAAGGACAAAGGAGAGAAAUCAUCAGCAUCCUUGUCAGCUGGUGCAAAAACUGAUUCCAAGAGUGUCAGAAAAUCUCCAACCCAGGCCUGUAAGGAUAAAAAUACUAAGGACAAGGAAGAGAAAUCAUCAGCAUCCUUGUCAGCUGGUGCAAAAACCGAUGCCCAGAGUGACAGAAAAUCUCCAACCCAUGCCUGUGCAACUUCAUCAAACCAAAAAGGUGUGUGUCAGCAGUCAUCAGCUGUGGCCAAAAUAACUCCUGCAGACGUGCCAGAAGUGGAGCUCAGUGUCAACAUGGAUGUCUAUGCUCGAUGGAAAGCCAUGAGAUGGCUAAAGGGGAAAAUCAUGGAGAUAAUAUCAAGAGAUGAUCGACUGAGAUACAAGAUCAGUUUUGAAAUGGGGAAGAAAAUUCUCUCUGGUCACCACAUUGCCUUGACCUCCCUGCCAAAAGUGGAUCAGCUUGACAUUGGUUCUCGUGUUGUGGUCUCAUAUUCCAAAGACCCUCCCCAGUUCUGCCCUGGUAUCAUAGCAGAGUUACCCAGCAGAAAAAACAGAUCCAGGUUUCUCAUCUUUUGUGAUGAUCAAACGCCUCACUAUGUCGCCUUACCUUUCUUACGCCCGGUGUCCAAACCAUUGAAAGACUCCUUGGAUGAUAUUCCAGAUGGUGUCUACAAGGAUUUCAUGAGAGAAUAUUUCAGGUUGUGGCCUUUCCCGCCUCAGACUUCAUACAGGGUUGGACAGACCCUAAAUGUUGAGUUUGAAGGAGUCCAGCAGAAGUGUGAGGUGCUUGCGCUUGACAGCAGUUUGAUAACGAUUGUUUUUCAGAGUGAUCAACAUAAGGAGAAGGUCUAUCGAGGCUCCUGGCGCCUGGAACACAUGGUGCAUAUGAAAAAGGAACAGGCAGAACGGGUGGAGAAAAAAUGUGCUUCUAAAAAAGACUAAUCAAAAUCUUCAAAUUGAUGGGACCCCGGGUAUGUAAGGAAGACUGGCUGCUGUGUUCCAAGCGAGGGCCAAAAUGUAGCUUUUAGAGGAAGCUGUUCACCAGGUCCAUGUACCUCAAGGUUUUUCAAGGUUUCUUUGUUUUUGGACCAAGUGCCUUUACAGUAUCCAGCCAUUGAUGCUAAAGCUCACCUCUCAGUUCACCAUCAGUGAGAUUCACGUGGCAGCUUCAGAUGAUUUUACCUCAUGAAUUUCCUCAAUGCUGUCUGUAAAGACUGAGAUGCAUAAUUUUAUAACUGUAUAUUAUUUGUAGAUAUGUGUUCUUAAAUGAAAAUAAAUAUUUUUUUCUUCAAG